AUCAUAUCUCAAUCCUCAUGAUUCUCCCUCUCACCAUCACACUACUGUCUCCCUCCCUUUUUUUCCCAUCUUUUCUUGUCUCUUUCUUCUUUCUGGUUUUCCCUUUCCCUUCCACGCUUCACACUCUCACUGACUCAUUCUGGGUUCUCUUCAAAACACAUUUCUUUUUGAUUUUCAGUGGAAAUAAAAAAAGAACCCAUAAAAGCAAGCAAGCUGCUUUACUCUGUUGCUUCUUCUCCCAUUCUCCUUUUUGCAGAAAACCCGGAUACGAACUAGGGUUUUUGGUGGAGGGUAAAGCUUGAAUCUUGCAUAUUUGGGAUUUUGUUUCAUUUUUUCUUGAUAGCACUAGUAAUGGGUAAGAAUGUGCUGCUUUUGGGUUUUGCACUUUUGCUUCUUCUUGGAGGUGUCUCUUCAGCUCCCAGUGCUACUUCACCUGCGAAGAUUGUUAGUGGGUUUUUCUCCAAUUCUCUGUCUGCUCUCAUGAAAUGGUUGUGGUCACUCAAAACCACUACGAAAACAGCGAUUCCUGGCCGUCCGAUGAUGAAGUUUGAGGGUGGGUAUACUGUGGAGACGGUGUUUGAUGGAAGCAAGCUGGGGAUUGAGCCAUACUCAGUUGAGGUGCUGCCUAAUGGGGAGCUGCUGAUCUUGGACUCUGCCAAUAGUAACAUUUACCGGAUAUCUGCCUCUUUAUCUCUGUAUAGCAGGCCAAAGCUAGUGGCUGGGUCCCCAGAAGGAUAUUCUGGACAUGUAGAUGGGAAGCAUAGAGAGGCGAGGAUGAACCACCCAAAAGGGCUAGCUGUAGAUGACAGAGGAAAUAUCUAUGUUGCAGACACCAUCAAUAUGGCAAUCAGGAAGAUAAGUGAUGCAGGUGUUACAACAAUUGCUGGUGGAAAAUGGAGCAGGGUAGGGGGAUAUGUUGAUGGACCAAGUGAAGAUGCAAAGUUCUCUAAUGAUUUUGAUGUGGUUUACAUUGGAAGUAGUUGCUCCCUGCUUGUCAUAGACAGAGGAAACCGAGCUAUUAGAGAGAUUCAACUUCAUUUUGAUGACUGUGCUUAUCAAUAUGGCAGUGGUUUUCCUCUUGGGAUUGCAGUGCUUUUUGCAGCUGCAUUCUUUGGUUAUAUGCUUGCCUUGCUGCAACAUAGAGUGGGCACUAUUGUUUCUUCCGAAAAUGUGAGUAUUUACUCUAGCUUAUUGGAUGCACUUCCCAAUCUCUGCGUUGCUUUUGAUGUUCAGAGCACAGUGAAAACAAGUGCCAUGUCAAGUCCAUAUCAGAAGCCCCUCAAAUCAGUCAGGCCACCUUUGAUCCCUCCUGAAGAUGAACAGGAAAAGCAAGAAGAAGGCUUCUUUGGAUCCCUUGGGAGGCUUUUUGUCAAUGCUGGGGUGUCCACAAUGGAAAUUCUGGGGGGAAUAUUUCCUGGUUUUAGGAAGAAGCAGCUAAGGUAUUACCCGCAACAACAGAAGCCCUUAACAACCUGGCCUGUGCAAGAAAGCUUUGUCAUACCAGAAGAAGAUGAACCCCCUUCAAUUGAUACCAGAACCCCAACGCCACGGAAAACAUACCCCUUCAUGUCCAAGGAUGCAGAAAAGAUUCAUCAAUUGCGUCAGAGCCGGGCCUUCUACAGUGGAUGGGAUGCUAAUGUCCAGCAGCAGCAUCAUCAUCGGUAUCAAUCAUCCACCCCGCACACUUACUAUGAGCAGAGCCAUGAGAAAACCAAUGAGAUUGUUUUUGGAGCAGUUCAAGAGCAGGGUGGAAAACAAGAAGCAGUCAUAAAGCCUGUGAAUUAUGGAGGCCCUGUAUAUGGUCAUCACAACUUUCACCUUCGAAGCAAUCUGGGUUACAACCAUGGCUAUUAGUUAUACAAAAAAGAGAUUUUGAAGGUAAAAACCAAUACCAUCUUGAAAUUAGCCAUUAAAAUUUUGGGUAUUGGUGUUAAUAUUUGUUCUCAUAGAAUCAAGUAUCUCUGGAAGCAGCUUUAGUACCAAGCAAAGUUUUUUUUUACAAAGAGCUGCACAAAAUAUUGUAGGGAUAUUGCUGUUAUUAUCAUAAUAU